AUGGCGCGGUUCGGUCAGGUUCUAGUCGUGGCUCUUUGCCUCACCAUCGCCGUGUUCCCGGACACAACCACUGCUCAACUCAGAAACGAUUUCUACAAAAACUCAUGUCCAAAUGUUGAAGAAAUCGUUAAAAAAGUCGUCAAGGAUAAAGUCAAACAGACCUUCGUCACCAUCCCGGCUACUCUACGUCUCUUCUUCCACGAUUGCUUCGUCAACGGAUGUGAUGCGUCGGUCUUGAUUCAGUCAACGCCUAACAAUAAAGCCGAGAAGGAUCAUCCCGACAAUGUGUCUUUGGCCGGAGAUGGAUUUGAUGUUGUGAUCAAAGCCAAGAAAGCUCUUGACGCAAUCCCAAGUUGCAGAAACAAAGUCUCUUGUGCUGAUAUUCUUACCUUAGCCACCCGAGAUGUUGUUGUCGAGGCCAAAGGACCGUGGUACCCAGUGGAACUCGGUAGAUUUGACGCGGCUCACACCGUCGGAUUUGCUCAUUGUAGCAAAGUAUUCAACAGAAUCUACAACUUCAACCGAACACACUCCGUUGACCCAACUCUAAACAAAGACUACGCUAAACAACUUCAAGAUGCUUGUCCCAAGAAAGUUGACCCAAGAAUCGCCAUUAACAUUGACCCUGAAACUCCAAAAACAUUCGACAACAUUUACUUCAAGAAUCUGCAACAAGGCAAAGGACUUUUCACUUCCGACCAAGUUCUCUUCACCGAUGGUCGCUCUAGACCAACCGUCAACGCUUGGGCCAAGGACAAUGCUGCUUUCAACCGCGCUUUUGUAAAGGCUAUGACCAAACUCGGUCGCGUUGGCGUUAAGACUAGCCGUAAUGGAAACAUUCGUCGUGACUGUGGUGCGUUUAACUAA